GCAUACAAAUUUAUAAAUAAAUCUAUAAUUCCUGAUUUACAAAGGUAUUUCUAUCCUCGAGUCACAGACCGAAUUUAAAUCGAAUUUCAAAAGACUACGCCGGCAAAAUCCGAGCAGCAAAACAGCAAAAAAUGACUCGCCUAACACCAACAUUCUUGCUCCUGAUGGUCGCAUCUCUCGCGGUCGCUUCUCCACUGGAUCCCGCUGUGGAAAUCAUCGCCCGAACUGCAGCACCCCAAGACGAUACACCAACCACAACCAUUACAGCCACUACAACUGAUGUACCCGCAACCACCACAUCCUCCGCCGCAAUCGCCACCAAAACUAUCGACGGCUGCAAUGUUCAAGGUACAGCUGAUACAGCACUUGCCGCACGAUAUUUCGGAUCAGCCUCUUACGCCGACGUUUUAAAAUGUCAAUAUAAUUGUCGUUAUGUGACAGCAUGUAUAUCCUACUCGUGGAACCCCUUGGAUAGUAACUGCACGUUGUAUAACUCAUGGAUGGAUGACUUCAACACGGGUGAUACUACUGGUUAUGUGGUUUUGAGUGAUGAUAGUGGGACAUUCUUUUCGGAUAAAUAUCCGAGUGACGGGAGCGAUUUUUGUUACGCGGCUACUUAGAGACAAAUAGACGGAGUAUAAUGGGGGAUGUCCUGGAGGAAGUAACAUGAAUGGACACCUAAAUUAAAGUCUUCGAGUGUCUCACAUGCUUGAAAAAGAGGGAUGGAAUUGGCUCGAUCAUGAUUAGAUUCUUGUUAGAGAUAUCAAACAUUCUCCGCAGACUCCAAACCUUGAGGAUCUAUCACACAAGUCAUUCAGAGAAGCCUCAUCGCGAUUUGUUUUGUUUCUUUUCUUUCUAUUUCAUCGUAUCAUUCGAUCAUCUUUUGGUGGAGUUAUGGAAGAUGCCCGACACGUCACGUGCAACUCACAUUGUUUCUUCUUUUGUUCCAACCAAUAAAUCACCGGACUA